UGAUAAGCGAUAAUAAAACCCGACUUGAUUUUGGAUAAUGACUAUAAGAAUUUAAAUAUCAAUUGCAGUUGUAAUCAUGUUGUUUUUGGUUGUGUUCGGGGCGCUAGCGGCGUUUGUCAGCGGGCAGACCACGCAGGUCAAUCAAUGCACGCAAAAUCGCGGCGAUGUCCCCAUAAACACAUAUAUUGCCGGGUGUGAGGUCCCGCCCUGCGGCCUCCCGCAACUGGAGGAUGCCGUCAUCAAGAUCGUCUUCAGGGCCCCUCGCACCAUGCACAGCAUGACAACACUGGCAACAGCCUACUUGCCGGGUCCGUUCGGGAUCGAAGUGCCCAUAUCCCACAACCUGCAAGAUAAAGCAGUCACCUGCAAUUUCCUAGAAAACUCCUACUGCCCUGUGCUGGAGGGCGAGGUCCUGCAAUAUACACUGCUCAUGUAUAUAGAGUCCACCUUUGUUGCGGGCAUCUCCCCCACGAUCGAGUUCCGCAUCACGGACGAGAACAACGAGCCCUUCGUGUGCAUCCGCGUGCCCAUCGUCAUCCUGCGGCCCAACUCCAGGCUCGCCGCCCUCAACACUACGCGAGUCGACAAUAACUAACUAUCAUCAAGCCUUAAGGGAUUGAGCACAUUUGACAUGUUUAAAUGAAUGCGUGAAAUUACAUUGUCAACGGUAGGGUAUGUAGAUAAAUAAAAUUAUUUAUUUCAUUAUAAUGACGUCUCAAGCUAAGAAAAAAAAAAUUAAAACGUAGUAAUUACAAGAAUGAAGUAAAAUGCAAAUUGUAUUCUUGUUGUUGUAUUGCGGUUCACAAAAAUUGAACAAAGAAUAAUUCAGGAGGUUACAAUCGUAUCGUACUAGGAAGUUAUAUAAACUGUAUCAUCACCAGGGCCCGCAGAUGCAAUGCCGUUGACGAAAAAUAUACGUCAAGCUGCAUAGAGUAUAAUUCCAAUUAGUAACUACGAAAAGUCGUCAAUAAUUAAUCAUUUGUCAAUCUCUUUAGUUAACCAAUAUUGAUACAUGAAAUAAUCAGUACAGAACGUCUAACUGACUAUUAUCUUACUAUCACUCAAUUAAAAUAAUUUUGGACAGUGUAUUUUACGUAAUACGCUAUAAGGCUAUAAGACCUGCCUUGACGUAUGCUACCGAGUGUUGGGCGAUCAAAAAAGUUCAUACCAACCAGAUGAAGAUGCUGAGAUGGGCAGCAGGUGUAACUAGACUUGGUCAAGUGCGUAAUGAACACAUUAGAGGCAGUUUCAAAGUUGCAACUUGCACCCAUCACGGAAAAACUAACAGAACAGCGGCUGAGAUAGUAUGGACAUAUUAUGAGGCGUGACGAUGACCAUGUGAUGAAAAAAGCAUUAACUGCCCAAUACCAAGAGAGGGUCUGGACGGCCACCUGCCUGCUACAUGGUGGUCCACAGUAUCCAAGGAUUUGGAGCGAGCCCAACUGUCAACAGCGACAACCCCGGACAGGCAGUCCUGGCGCAUGAGAACGAGGAGAGCCGACCUCAAAUAAAUCGGAUAAGGCAAAGACAAAGAAGAAGAAGAGUGUAUUAUGUAACAAUUAUUUAUUUUUCUACGCGUCAAUAUAGUAUACGUUAAAAGUUAUCCCAAUUUAUAGUGUUAUAAAAAAACUCCCUUAAUGUUAAAUUACGUCAUUUUUGCGUGAAUGGCAUGACAUGUACAAUGUACGGGCCCUGAUCAUCACCAAGACAUAUAAAACCAAAUAAAUAUAUAUAUUUA